AUGGUGGAGCUGCCUGAUGGAUGCACUGAUUGGUCUGUUGAUAUCAAGAAAUACCAGGUUUUGGUGGGAGAGCCUGUUCGAAUCAAAUGUGCGCUAUUUUAUGGUUAUAUCAGAGCAAAUUACUCCCUUGCCCAAAGUGCUGGACUCAGUUUGAUGUGGUACAAGAGCUCUGGUCCUGGAGACUUUGAAGAGCCAAUAGCUUUCGAUGGAAGUAGAAUGAGCAAAGAAGAAGAUUCCAUUUGGUUCCGACCAACGUUGCUGCAGGACAGUGGCCUCUACGCCUGUGUCAUCAGAAACUCCACUUACUGUAUGAAAGUAUCCAUCUCACUGACAGUGGGUGAAAAUGACACUGGACUCUGCUACAAUUCCAAGAUGAAGUACUUUGAAAAAGCUGAACUUAGCAAAAGCAAGGAGAUUUCAUGCCGUGAUAUAGAGGAUUUUUUACUGCCAACCAGAGAACCUGAAAUCCUUUGGUAUAAGGAAUGUAGGACAAAAACAUGGAGGCCGAGUAUUGUAUUCAAAAGAGAUACCCUGCUUAUACGAGAAGUCAGAGAAGAUGACAUUGGAAAUUAUACCUGUGAAUUAAAGUAUGGAGGCUUUGUUGUGAGAAGAACUACUGAAUUGACUGUUACAGCUCCUCUGACUGACAAGCCACCCAAACUUUUGUAUCCCGUGGAAAGUAAACUGACAAUUCAGGAGACUCAGCUGGGUGAUUCAGCUAAUCUAACCUGCAGAGCUUUCUUUGGGUAUAGUGGAGAUGUCAGUCCUUUAAUUUACUGGAUGAAAGGAGAGAAGUUUAUUGAAGAUCUGGAUGAAAAUCGAGUUUGGGAAAGUGACAUUAGAAUUCUUAAGGAGCAUCUUGGGGAACAGGAAGUUUCCAUCUCAUUAAUUGUGGACUCUGUGGAGGAAGGUGACUUGGGCAAUUACUCCUGUUAUGUGGAAAAUGGAAAUGGACGUCGACAUGCUAGUGUUCUCCUUCAUAAACGAGAGCUAAUGUACACAGUUGAACUUGCUGGAGGGCUUGGUGCUAUCCUCUUACUGCUUGUUUGUUUGGUGACCAUCUAUAAGUGUUACAAGAUAGAAAUCAUGCUCUUCUACAGGAAUCAUUUUGGAGCUGAGGAACUGGAUGGUGAUAAUAAAGAUUAUGAUGCAUACUUAUCAUACACCAAAGUGGAUCCUGACCAGUGGAAUCAAGAAACUGGGGAAGAAGAACGGUUUGCCCUUGAAAUCUUACCUGACAUGCUUGAAAAGCAUUAUGGAUAUAAGUUGUUUAUACCAGAUAGAGAUUUAAUUCCAACUGGAACAUACAUUGAAGAUGUGGCAAGAUGUGUAGACCAGAGCAAACGGCUGAUUAUUGUCAUGACUCCAAACUAUGUAGUUAGAAGGGGCUGGAGCAUCUUUGAGCUGGAGACCAGACUUCGAAACAUGCUUGUGACUGGAGAAAUUAAAGUGAUCCUAAUUGAAUGCAGUGAACUACGAGGAAUUAUGAACUACCAGGAGGUAGAGGCCCUCAAGCACACCAUCAAGCUCCUGACGGUUAUUAAAUGGCAUGGACCAAAAUGCAACAAGUUGAACUCUAAGUUCUGGAAACGUUUACAGUAUGAAAUGCCUUUUAAGAGGAUAGAACCCAUUACACAUGAGCAGGCUUUAGAUGUCAGUGAGCAGGGGCCUUUUGGGGAGCUGCAGACUGUCUCAGCCAUUUCCAUGGCCGCGGCCACCUCCACAGCUCUAGCCACUGCCCAUCCAGAUCUCCGUUCUACCUUUCACAACACGUACCAUUCACAAAUGCGGCAGAAACACUACUACCGAAGCUAUGAGUACGACGUACCUCCUACCGGCACCCUGCCUCUUACCUCCAUAGGAAAUCAGCAUACCUACUGUAACAUCCCUAUGACACUCAUCAACGGGCAGCGGCCUCAGACAAAAUCCAGCAGGGAGCAGAAUCCAGAUGAGGCCCACACAAACAGUGCCAUCCUGCCGCUGUUGCCACGGGAGACCAGUAUAUCCAGUGUGAUUUGGUGA